ACCCGCAUCCGCUUCACCGAGCUGCCCCGGCAGCCCUACCCCGACGGCGCCACCCCCGCCGAGAUCACCCGGCACAGCAUGGACCUCAGCUACGCGCUGGAGAAGGUGGUGGAGCAGCGCUAUGCGGGGCGGCCGCUCGACCUGCUGGCUGAGCUGCAGUUUGCUUUUAUCUGCUUCCUGAUUGGGAACGUGUAUGAUGCCUUUGAGCACUGGAAAAGGCUCUUGAACAUCCUGUGCCGAUCUGAAGAUGCCAUAGGGAAGUACCAAGACCUCUACAUCAAUCUCAUUUCUGUGCUGUAUCACCAGCUCAAUGAAAUCCCUGCAGACUUUUUUGUGGACAUUGUCUCCCAGGACAACUUUUUAACCAGCACCUUACAGGUGCUCUUCUCCUGCACCUGUAGUGAUGCUGUUGAUGAGACCCUAAGGAAAAAGGCUGAGAAGUUCAAGGCUCACCUAACAAAGAAGUUUAAAUGGGACUUUGAGGCAGAACCUGACGACUGUGCUCCUGUGGUGGUGGAGCUGCCUGAGGGUGUGCAGGUGGACUGA